AUGUUGGUUCAUAUGUGUCACGUAGCGCGUAAAGAAACGACAAGCGACUACAGAGAAAAUAUACUAAAUUGUCGUAGUGUUGUCAAAAGCAUCACCAUAAAUGUUUUAAUUAUUAUUUUUUUUGCUAUAAUUAUUUUGUAUAUUAGAAAAUAAUUUGUAAGAUUUUGUAGAAGGAAAAAACAUUAGAUAAAGAUGUUUCGAGAGGGACAAUACAUAGAAGUGAUAAAGCUGUGGGUGUGUUUUCAGGCUUCAGACAAUUGUGUGGCGACGGUUGUCGUUACUGUACAAGAACAAAUUAUCGAAAUGAAGAAGAAAAAGAUUUCAACCAACAAGUGGCUCGAUCUUGAAGAUUGGGCGGCAGUUUAUAAAAUAUUGGAAAGAGUCGUUCUACGUAACUGCAAAAACAAUAUUAACGAGCAAUGUCGUAGGAAAUUUGAAGGCUGUCAAUGGAAAAAAUCUACAAGACAAUUGGAGAUCACGUGUACAAUUGAAUCCUUUGAAUGGACCAAAGAUACAUCAUUGUUAACGAUUAGAGUAAACGUAUCACCUGCAAGAAGAAAGUUAACAAAGAAUGAUAUACAUGAACAAAGCUCAGGUGAUGAAAAGCCAGCUUCUAAAGAAUUAUUAGAUAGUUUAAUAAAGAAGGAAAAAGAUCUAGAAAAACCCGAAAACCAUAGCAGUUCGCAGAUAGAGCGGUCAAACUAUUCUUCUCAUCAGGUAUUAGAAGAGUAUGUACCAGAUGCACCUAUAAAAAAAAACUCUUCUCCUUUAAAAUAUAUACCAAGUAGAAAAAGUACACUGCAGAGUAUGCAAAUGCCAUCUAAUGAAUAUACACCAGUACAAACAUGCAAUGAUGGUUUGGAUAAUGUUCCAUAUGUACCUAACUCCAUUAAAAAGCUCAAUGCUUCUUACGAAGCUUAUGAACCUCAUAGUAUUACUUCCAUGGAAUUAGUAGAAGAAUAUGUACCUAAUUCUAAAGGUAUAAAGACUUUGGUCGAAGAAUAUGAGCCUAAUUUUAGAGGAAAGUUAAUGAAAUUUGAUGAAAGUUACGUACCAUCUACCGUACAAAUUUCAAACGAGGAUGUCAAAAGAGUACAAAAAAUAGAAAAAUUAAAGUCACGUAGAAAAGGAACACUUACAAAUAAAAAAAAAACAGAAUUCGUUUAGUACGAACAAAGUGAAUUGUAUAAACUGAUCAUCAUGAAAAUUACUUUUGAUAAAUGCAUUACUUAUAGUAUAUGUGUGCGCGCGCGUGUGUGUGUAUAAUAUUAUAUAUAUAUACAUAUAUAUACAUAUAUAUAAUAUAUAAGUACAUAUAUAUAUAAAUAAUUUUAUUAUAAUAUUAAUAAAAAAAUAAUUAUCCUGUAUCGCUUUAAUAAAAUGUAUAUUCUUAGAA